GAUCAACUUUCGCCUGUCUGUCCGUCUGUGUCGUCUAUCUAUCUCUCGGGUGCCGCUAGUGGAGAGCCGCCGUCGUCGUGAGGAAGAAGUGUGCGUUGUGCUGUCGAGAGUCGAGAUCACUUCGAAUUCUGAGUAACUUGUGUCAUUGCUGCAAAUUUUCACAGUAGGCGAAAACAUUUGAACGCCGUCUCUGAAGGCGAUGAAAAGCUCGCCUUCGGCUUACGUUGAGUGAUGUUAUGCCUCAUUACGAUGCCUUGGUGCACUUGCUCGCCGGAGGGUUGGGCGGAACAGUCGGCGCCAUUGUAACGUGUCCGCUCGAAGUUGUAAAAACUCGGUUGCAAUCUUCAGUGUCUCACUUCAACUUGUCGGGGCCGCCGUCCAUCGUUAAUCGAUUUUAUUCGCUCGCAUUGGGAGCCUCCGAGCCGCCACUCAAUGCACAGAACAGCCAGCUCGGCAUAUGGAGGUGUUUGCGAUACAUCGUUGAGACUGAAGGGGCCAGAGCGCUCUUCAAAGGUUUGGGACCAAAUCUUGUUGGCGUGGCUCCAUCUCGAGCGAUCUACUUCGCUACCUACUCCAAUUCGAAAAACUUCCUCACCGACACCCUGCCACCCGAUGCACCGGUAUCGGUCACUCACAUACUUUCCGCCGCGGCGGCGGGUUUCGUAUCGUGUACUAUCACCAAUCCGGUAUGGUUUGUGAAAACGCGGCUACAACUCGACGAAAAUAGCUACGGUAGGAGGAAACGAACUCUUCAAUGUAUUAAGGACAUUCAUCGCACCCAUGGACUUGUCGGAUUUUACAAGGGAAUCACUGCGUCCUACUUUGGCAUCACGGAGACGAUCAUACACUUUGUCAUUUACGAGCAUAUAAAAGCAGUCUUACGGUCACACGCCGACGAGAAUAAUCAUUUUGCUCAUUACAUGAUUGCGGGAGCGAUCUCAAAGACGUGUGCGAGUGUCAUCGCCUACCCUCACGAAGUGGCCCGAACGCGACUACGACAGGAGGGUUCGAAAUACACGGGAUUCAUGCAGACGAUCGGUCUAGUGUACAAAGAAGAGGGCUAUUCGGGUCUCUACCGGGGUCUGGGCACUCAACUCGUCCGGCAGAUUCCGAAUACUGCCUUGAUGAUGACAACCUACGAAGGCGUCGUUUUCAUGCUCACCAACCAGACUUCCAAUUUAUGAUGCGACCUGAAGCGAAGGUGAAACCAGAUACGACGAUGUCGAAUACCAGACCUCGACUCCCGUCACGCGAAAACGUCGAUCGAACGGACCCCCACGGCGGUCGCUCGAUGUGUCCACCAAACGACGAUUUCGUUGACACUGGUCAAUCCCAUGCCAAAGAUGAGCUACGUAGCUUUGUCCCACUCGGCGUUCCCUUGAAACGGAAACCAUUAGCGUCGCACCCUGUGCGUGAAGGAAGCCAGAAAGCACCUGACAGAGAGCUGUUCCGAAUACAGAGUAUAUUUUUCUGUUGUUAAGACGGUUUGUUAACGCCUUCUUGGUCAGUGUAAAUUAUAAUCAUCUGUUGCCGUGUUGAAGAUGUUCGACACCCGAAAGAGGAGGAGAACGGAGAGAAAUGAUUAUGACAAUGACAAUAAUGCCUAGGCUCCUACCACCACAGUGAUGUCAAUGUAGGUCGAGUUUCCCGCGGAGUUCUCGAACCAUUGUCCCCAUUUUUCGUAACGACUUCAGAAAUUCGUAAUUAUAUAAUAAUAUGAUAUGAUAGUAUUAAAUCAAU